AUGUCGACUACAACCAGCUCUGGGACGCAGUCUCCUCCCCUUGAGGCCACAGGGGAGGAAAAACCGAUGGGAUUUUCCUCCGUGAAUUCUCAUAAAGAACCAACCAAAGUUGUACCAGACAAGGAGCAAAGAAAAGCGUAUUUGCCUGAUGCAGGAGCUGACAAGAAGGCAACCAAACCUGAGAAAUUGGGGCAGAGCCUGUCGGAAGACUUUAGUUAA